CAAUUGAAAAUAGUUCGAUUCGUACGGAGCUUGUGAAAUUUGGAAAAUAAUAUUAAAUAGCAUAACAUGGCUGGCGAAGUGCUCGUUGACGCUCUUCCUUAUAUUGAUCUAGGGUAUGACGAUCCUGGAGUACGUGAAGCGGCUAUUGCAAUGGUUGAAGAGGAAUGUCGUCGUUACAGACCAACUAAAAACUAUCUUGAACAUCUGCCAACGCCUAACACGAUUGGUUUUGAAACGGCAUUAAUGUCGGCUGAGUUUGAAAGAAUACAAUCACGUCUGCCAAUGGAACCGCUAAGUAUGAAACGCUAUGAACUGCCUCCACCACCAGCAGGAAAAAUGUCAGAAGUGUCGGCCUGGUCGGAGAGUGUAGACAAUUCGAUGGCUCAACUAGAGCAUCAAGCCGUUCGUGCUAUGAAUCUUGAAUUAAUGAUGGAAUAUGGAUGCGAGAUGUGGAAAUCUUAUCUUGAGGUGCUUACGGCGAUGCAGGCAAAAGCUCAAACUAGACUGGAGGCAAUUAAAAAAGAAAUUCAAGACGUGAAUUGGAAACGGAAAUCAAAACAAACCCAGGGAGGCGAGAAACUACGAUCCCUUGAAGCCCAGUGGGUCAUGCUAGUAUCGAAAAAUUACGAAAUUGAGCAAGCUUGUGCUAAACUGGAGGAAAGGAUAUACCUGAAGAAACUUGAAAAAGGUUUAUUGCAAGGAGUAGAUGACGAAUGAAAUAUUAAAUAAAAAGAAUAAUUUUA